UUUCACCACAUAGAAUCAUAUAAUAAUGAAUAGCCUUAUCUGGCUCCAAAAAAACCCAACAUUCCAACCUGGAUGGGACCUAGAAGAAAUUCAUGCCACAUUUUUCAAAUGCAUAAGUUGGCAAAUGGAAGAAACAAUGGAUACAAUCAAUUGUCCUUACCAUUAUCAUCAACAAUUUCUGGAAUUUUGCAUGCAAGUAUAUAUUUGGAUUCAAUUGUGUUACCUUAUUAUACCGGUUUCGAUGCGUUGAUGUCUUCGACAUUUUCGGGUGAAUGUGCAACAUGUGUGUGUAGGAAAGAAGCUUUGGUUGUUGGAGGUAAACUAGUGAAGUACAAAGGUUGGUCAAUGACAACAUUUUUUGUUGUUGGUGUUCUUUGUUUAAGGAUUAUAUGUAAAAUUUAUGGAGAAAAUGUGGGAAAAUUUGUGUCUAUGAUUAAAGUGUUUAUGGAAAGGUUUAGUUGGAUUUUAAUAAGUUUGGAUUGUGUUUAUUUGAUUGCAAAGUCACCACAAGAAAGAGUCAUGUUGAGAGUUGUUGCUUUUGGAGGCAUAUUUCUUUUAAUUUUGCUUCAUGUUCUCAAAGAGGCAUGUGGUCAAAUUUAUGCAAUGGCUUAUGUGACAGAGAAGUUGAGAUUUGUGUCAAAGUCAACACCAUUGUAAAUAGCAUAAAAAAAAUUGUAAUUUCAAAAUCAGUGUUUUAAAUUGUGUUCUGCAACCAUAAUUGCGGUUGUAUAAAGAAUAUAAAGUUACUACAGUUGCGCUGAA